AUGAAGAUUGAGAAGCCCAUCGCCAUCCUCGGCGCAGGCCCGGCCGGCCUCAUGCUAGGUCGUCUCCUCGACCUUUCCAAAAUACCUUUUACCAUCUUUGAGCGAGACACAGAGCCUCGCAAUCGACAAGGCAGCGGGACUCUAGAUGUGCAUCCUGGUACUGGUCAGCUCGCCCUCAAAGAAGCAGGUCUAUUCCCACAAUUCAAAGAACUCGCUCGCUUCGGCGUCCGCAACAGGUUCGUCGACGAGAAGGGAAAGGUACUCGCCGACGUGGGAGGGGAAGGCGACGAGGACAGACCCGAGAUCGAUCGCCUCGAUUUGCAGCGCAUCAUACAGGAGACAAUCCCGCCGGGGAAGAUUCAAUGGGGAAGUAAGGUCCGGGAUGUUGGCAGGAACACGAACGGUGCAGUCGAGAUUCACAUGGCUGACGGGAAGGUUGAGUCCGGCUUCGGUCUGGUCGUGGGAGCAGAUGGAGCGUGGUCAAAGGUUCGGAAUCUGUUCACCUCUAUCAGUCCACAGUAUUCGGGUACAACAUUCCUCGGCACAACGAUCCUGCCCGGAGAUGAGGUCUAUGAAUCGGCGGACUCCCUGGCAGCGCGAGGAAACUUCCUGGCCAUCCGUGGGUACCAGAAGAUCUUCUUGUACUACUUGGGUGAUCGAUCGUACAAGAUAUACGUGGGCUCAGACCUCGCGCGUAAUCAGAAACUCGAUGACGCACUCCUCUCCGAUCCCCUGGAGGUCUGGAAGUCGGUAUUUUCCAGUGAUUUCAAGGAAUGGUCAUCCACACUCACCGACCUGGUCAGCAAGAGCGCCAGAGGAUAUGGGACGUGGCCGUUCUACCAUUUACCCAAGGAGGCUCUGUCGUGGGACCCCGUCCCAGGCGCUGCUUUAGUCGGAGACGCGGCGCACGUAACCGUUCCGAAUGGAGAGGGCGUCAACAACGCCAUGUUCGACAGUCUCGAACUCGCUCAGCAGAUCAUCAAGCACUGGUCGGGCGACUUGGAGCAGGCUGUGGCGGAGUAUGAGAAGACGAUGAUUCCGAGAGCGCGGGGGAGCCUAGAGGACGGAGAAAUGAUGAUGAAGACGUUGUUCGGACCUGAUGCUCCAGAGAGUCUUUUGCAGGCUUUCGGCUUCCCAGUCGAUGGAAGUGGUUCAAGGGUUGAUUGA